UUAAAAUUCGUGUACGCAGCUUGCUCCAAAAUCAGGUUUCCCAUGAAAAAACUCCCAUCAUCUUUUGGAGGCAACUUAAAUCAGUUUUAAUUUGCAAUGACGCGUUUGAUCCGAACAAGGAAGUUUCUUGGAAAGAUAUGUGAAAUGAGCUCCUACUUAUAUUUCGUCAUCACAAUCAUGGCAAUAAGAGCAUCUCAUUAUCAACUGAUUUUUUGGAUUUCUGACAAACAAUUCAUUCCUUCUGUUAUCCGAAUUCAACUCAUUAAUCAUCCAAAAAAGGUAAAUUAUCACAUAUGGAAACCGCAGCAAUAUUUGUGGGGAUUUUUGGUAUAUUAACCUAUUUAUGUGAGGUAGCCAGUAUUGAUGAGAGGAAACAAUUUCUUGAGGGUGAAACUGAGUACUUUAGUGCUAGGAUGCAGGACAUUAAGAGGGAAAUGUCUUCCACUCGGGUUCAACUAGGAAAAAAGCGAAAGCGAGAUGAGUGCCACUGGUUGGCUGAGGGUGAAAGGCUUGUGCAGGAAGCACAAUGCUUGAUAAGGCCAGUUGGAGGGUGGAGGGGUUUCCUCAUGGCUGCAAAGAUGAGAUGGGGUAUUUACAAAUUGGCUUAUGGUUUGAAAGUCCAUGAUAAAAAGGGUGAUAUUCUCCUUAGACAGGCUUUGUCUGAUGCAAGAGGCCUGUGUCGUGGACAUCAUAUACCGGUGAAACAAUUAGUUGGCCGACUUACUUAUAAGACUUUGGACCGACUUAAGCUUCUGUUAGAAGGUGACGAGAUUGGAAGGGUUGUUAUUCAUGGGAUAGAAGGGAUAGGGAAAACUUUUUUGAUGAAGCAUCUGCACAACUAUGCGCUUAAUUUCUUUGAUUAUGUAGUGUGGGUCACUUCCCCUAGUGAGUUCACCGUCAAGUGUGUGCAAGACGUUGUUGCUGCUGCGGUGAACUGUGAGUUUUCUAGUGAUGAUGACUUGUUUGUAAGGGCUAAAAAACUGUCAGAUAUACUUGCCAGUCUUGGUACUUUUGCCCUUUUCUUAGAUGGUGUACCAAAAGCUAAUUUUACUCUGGAACAAGUAGGAAUACCAGUUCCUGCUAAAGGGAGCAAAUGCAAGCUGGUAUUUACUACUAGCUCUUCCUUAGAGUGUAGACUGCUGGAUUGUUUUGAAACAGUUGAGAUUGAGCACCUUCCAAAAGAAGAUGCAUACGAGUUGUUCAGACGUGAGGGUAAUUUCGGGGAAGGAUCUAUUUCUUGCUUUGAUGGUAUUCCGAGUUCACUUGUUGAUUUGUGUUUUGGAGUGCCACGUAUGAUUGAAAACAUAGCUACUCGCAUGUGUAGUAUAGAUGACCCCCAUGAAUGGAGAUAUGCCUUGUUUGAAUUAGGAAGUCUUGUGAUGAAGAAGAAGCUUCCCCUGUUCCACUUAGGAAAGAGUGAGACAACUCCAUCUACUCGCAAGGUUAGGUUGACUAGGAAUUCAAUGAAGUAGUGCUUAUAGGGAAGAGGUAUGUUUUGUUAUGUCAGAUGAGUGGAGCAUGGAGUCACUUGAAUCACUUGCGGGGGUUGUCAGUUGUCCACUUGUCCCUACAGCUGAGAUUUUCUGUUCCCUAAACCACUGGGGCUCAAUGUCAAGAAAACGCCUUGAUGGUUCUUUAAGUCCUUAUCGGUGUCCAGUGAUGUUGUAAGUAAAUAAUUCAUAUUAGACUGAUUGAAAAGUUUAACUUGUGAUAGGGAAGGAAUGCACUAUGAAGUUUAGUGAUUAUGAGGUAAUUUUCUAGUUUUGUAACAGUUGAAUGGGGGAUUUUACAAUGACGAGGUAUCAGAAUUUACUUACACUUUCCUGCUUCAGCUCAAGUUAUUUCUUUGGUCAGGGGGAAACUAAAUAUAUUAUGCUUUCAUCUAAGUCUUUAGUUUUUGUUACUCACGAGGAGUAUAAUCAGAUCCUUAGGCUGCAGCAAGGGGAAUGUGAAAUGCAGUAAUAGCACAACUUUACCCUAAUUAGUCGAGACCGAUAGACAUACUGUUUUAAUUGUAGCAAUGUUAUGUGUAAGAUGGAUCAAGGAACAAUAGAAGAGAGCGCGUGGGGAUAACUGAUUUACUCGUAAUAGUUUAAUAAAAUAUGAAGAUUUCUAACAAUUUAGCCAUUUUGUUUUAAAGGGGAGGAGGGAGUGGAGGGAAUCGGGAUACACUGCCAAUAACUUUAGGUUUAAAUUUAAAAAUAGGCCGAGACCCUCUACCUGGGAUCUUCUGCAUGAAUCCUUUAGCGUCAAAUUUCUAAUUUUUUCAAUGAGCUCACACUAUUCUUUAUCCAUUCCUUGUUUGAAAGCACUUAGAAUCCAACAUGAUUCAGAUUGAAAUUUCAAACUGCUGAGUACAGGUGAUCUAAUAUUUGUAUCUUCUUAUCAUUUUGUUUCCUUUUCAUAUAGUUCCUUCCCCCUGUUUCCUUUUACAUAUCAUUCUAGAUUGCAUACAAUGUCGAUUCUUCCAAAAUUAUUUUUCAGACAAAUCUACUGUGUAAUUGGCCAAGGGUAGUUCAAAUCUAAUAAUUGUUUUCUGAAAAUUGUUAUAUAUUGUCUACUUCCCUGCUGCAUAACUGAUUGAUUUGUUACCAACAGGAAACACAUCACUUUUUGAGUUUUUGUUCAUCGCUUCCGUGCUCUGCAACUGCAGUACUUUUCAGUUUUCCACUGCUAAUACUAGGAGAACAAAUGUGCAAAAAGUACUUGUAAAUUAGUUUUUCAGACAUGGUUCAUUUUCAUUUCAUGUAUCAUGUAUCAUGUAUCAUGUUGUAAGAUCUAUGGGAGUAUGAACGUUCCUUAUAAAUAUAAAGCAAGUGACAGCUUCUAGUUCCGUAGACUUAUAUUGGCCGUUAAUUUGCUGUCAAAAUACAUAUCCCCUAAUGCAAAGGACAAAUUAAGGCAUGAUACAUGAUUGAAAGGACAACUAUGAACUUAGAGGAAAUCCAUUUUCAGUUAUUUUUGCGGUCAAAAUAUUGUUUUGGUUGCAACCAAAAACAUAGAAGGCCAUUGUACUCUGUAGCCAAUCAGUGUUACUAUAUCAAGCCUGCAGCUGCCGGGUUUUUUUAACAAGUUUUCUCGCCUUACCACAGCAGGCAACCACAAUUCUCAAUAAUUAAAAGUGGUUCUGAUAGAGAAAGCCAACAGCUACAUGAACCUUACAAACAUUUUGUGAACAUGUUCAUCUUGGAGUAAUGCUUUAUUGAGCCAAAAAACUGCACCUUUUAAUACUUUAGUCUGUCCAAUUUAGCUGUCACAUUUUCUGGCUUAAUGGUGCUUCUUAGAGAAUCUAUCAGGCAUCAAUUUUUCUGAUCAAUGUUGUUUUACUUGACUGUAGUUAGGAAGUUCCCUAAAUUCCAAAAGCUGUACAAAGGCCCCUGAAGUUGAAGUAUCAUGAAAUGAACCCGGUCGGCAUUCUCUCGGAUUAGCAUUUUAAUGUUUGUCUCUGAUAUGAAGCUGCCAGGAAGCAAAGCUGGACUAUACUGUCUUCCAAGCACAUGAACCCAAAUUUGAGCUGCUCCAGUAUCUUAGCCUCAUCAUCGUGGAUGCCUGCAAUGUCACCCUUCAGCUCAUUCAGACGGUUUCUCCAUUCACGAAGGUCCUUUAUCCCGGCCAUUGAUCGGGCUACGAAGAUGAUAGCCAGUGGCAUUUUUGCACACUGAUUCGCCACUUGGACUGCUAUUUGCUGGAUCUUCUGCUUUUGCUUCAAGUGCACCCGGGAAGGAUCAUCAUCGUGUCUAACUUCAUGUAAGAACAGUUCCUGGGCUUCUUUCUCGCCCAGCAGGUCCAUCUUGAGGGUGAGGUCGCACCGCAUCCUGUUGCAUAUGUCUUUGGACUGUGUACUAAACACCAGGAUGCAGUUGACAUUACAAGGUGCAUUAAGUUCAGAUUCAUAUUCAGUAGUGCUACUACUACUACCAUCACUAACCAGAGAUGAUAUUCCCAGCAGUUCAUAAGCUUAAAAAGCCUCUCUCACAUUGUCCAGGAAGAGAACGGUACGGCCUUCGCCUAUUUCUUGGAGUCUCGCCAUUAAUCUUCCUGCCCUUGUCUCCUCAUUGUGAUAAUUGUUAUCUAAAUCAAUCCACAUCCCAUCAGCCACACGCUUCUGCAACGCCUUAUUAUAGUUGGUAUGAUCAGGCUGCCUUAUUUCAGGUGCUGUGGCCCAAAACACCGCUUUGAAGCCCUCCUUAUCAUCAUAUAUUUCAUUGUAGAGGUACUUCAUGAAAUUAGUCUUCCCAGAUCCCACCGAGCCAUAGAUACCGAUGCAUUGAGCAUCACCGGUUUUCAUGGCUUGAAGAGUAGCCCACGGGUGUUAUCACCCACAUACUGAUCCCCCACUAGUAACUUCUCCCCACGUGUUCUAACCUCGUUGUUUGUCAAACCUUCCUCCACCAACUCUCUUCCUUUUCUAAAUAGCUCCUCUCCUUCUCUCCGGUGGCGUUCAAUAUGUGGCACCCACCACAUACGUUCCACCUUCCACUGCCCCUCUUGGCUUCUCCCCAACACCCUCUCUGCUGACUCCUUGUGCCGUUUUACUUGCUUGAAAUAGGCAUUUAUCACUUUCUUGCGCUUCUUGCCUUGUUUCUCCGCCUCUUCCUUUGUUGCUUGUUUAUCCAUGUCAUCCACUUUGCUCUUUAGUUCCUCUAAGUUGUUCUUCAACUCACAGUGUCUCGCAUCCACCUCCACAAACCAUUUCCCAAAUUCGUAUAUCUUUCGCACUAACCCCAAGAUUCUUGCCAUGUUUGUUUUAUGUCCUGGUGGUACACAGGUCUUUGUAGGGAUCAAUAUACACACACGGAGCUGUCCGCCCAAAUAUGAAGAAUCCUACAUGCCAAUUACCCCGCUGUCAUAGAUGAGCCUGAAACAAUAGAGAAAUCAUUUUAUUGCUUUUUGUACAUGAGCCUGAGUCGCGUGACAUAAAGUGUAUUUGGUACUUCAAUAUAUGAUAAACCUUGAUUAUUAUUUGAGUUUCAGUUCUCAUACUUUGCCACUAACAUGACCAUGACAUGGUUGCUCCUAUCUGAACUUGACAUGAGCAGACCAGCCUGGUAACUGAAAAGUCUGAAGUUUCUAAAACUAGAUUAUCAUGUUUAGUUGGUUACCUGUAAUUCCUAAGAGAAAUAACUGUGCUCAAAUCCUAGUCCUGCUCAAGCUAGGCACAACCUGUGUGGUAUGAUCCAGUUUUUGCUAUGUUUGUGCAGAAUAUUUGGGCCGAAAUCCAGGUUUCUUAAAGGCCCGAAAAUACAUUGUAAAGGUUUGUUUGGUUGGUGUUGGUGUAUGAGGAGCCACAAAGGAUAGUGAAGACGUGAAGUAGACGAGCUUUGAUCGAAGGUUUUGGAUGAAACAAUGAAAAAACUUGAUAAGUUGAAGAAAAGGAACAGAUAUGUAGCUGAUGAUAAGCAGAAACUCUCAAAGUGUUAUCCUGAUAUUUGGGCUUUUAUGAUUGGUAAACACAGAAAAGGUUAAUAUAAGGAGCAUUGAUUUCGGUUUUACUGUUAUAUAUUGCUUAGUUGUUGGUAACGAAGAAGCUAAGAAUGUAGCUAGCAACUUCAGGCGAAACCAAGAGACCCUGAAGUCAACUGGAAAUGAUAAAGUGGUCUAUGGAUCUUAAAGUGGAAGGAGGAUAUGAGUUUCAUUUUGGACAAGACUUUGUCAAGUCUUUUCUUAAUAUUUUUUGGUAAUCUACUUGAUAGUAGUUUUGUAGUCUUGGCAAAUGAUUUUUAUUUUUAUUGGCAAGAAGGACCCUGUUGAACCAACGUGUACCUAUCACUGGGGUCAGCCAACCCCAACAAAAUCUUGACAACAGGGGGUGGUAAAUGACUCUCUACUCUCAAACACAAGCAGAUGGUGAGGCUCGAACUUGUGUCCUUCAAGUCAUUAGGGGAAUUCGCCACCAUUUCCACCUAGUAAUCUUGGUUUGGUAGAUAAAUUGAUGUGUAUGUGUUAUUAGAAUAUUAGGUGAUCGUACAUGGGUAUAACUAUAUAAUAUAAUAUUUGUAUAAUUGUAUAACCCCCGUAUAAUUGUACAUGGGUAUCCUUUUAUAUUUCUUUACUUGAUGGAAGAGUAUUGUCCAUGCUAAGGUAUUGAAUUUAAGGAUUCCAUCUUAUGUGGAUUUUGAA